AUGCUUCCCCUCCGAUACGCCAGGUGGCAGCCGCGUGCGGCCUGGAUGCGGAAACUGAAUGCCUCAUGCUUGAAUCCCGUCACAUUCCGGACCUUGUCUACGGCGCAAAGUGCUCGUGAUGAUGGCCGACCAUUCCGGUUAGCUGUCAUCGGCUCUGGGCCGGCCGGCUUUUACACGGCCUACAGGGCCAUGUCCAAAAUUCAAAACGCCAAGGUCGACAUGUACGAAGCCUUGCCGGUUCCUUUUGGUCUCGUGAGGUUUGGAGUUGCGCCAGACCACCCCGAAGUGAAGAACUGCCAGGAAAAGUUUGAAGAAGUGGCCUCCUCCCCGAAUUUCACCUUUAUCGGGAACGUCUCCGUCGGCACUAAGAGUGAUCACCCAGACGGCGGUACUAUCCCACUGGCCAGCAUCCUCCGUCAUUACAACGCCGUGGUAUUCUCAUACGGUGCUGCGAAGGACAGGACUCUCGGCAUCCCGGGCGAAGAUUUGAAAGGCGUCUAUUCAGCCCGCGAAUUUGUCGGUUGGUACAACGGCCUCCCCGAGCAUACCGACCUCGCCCCAGAUCUCACUCAGGGGGAAGAGGCCGUAAUCAUCGGCCAGGGGAACGUGGCUCUCGAUGUGGCCCGGAUGCUACUUGAGGAUGUGAACGUCCUUCGCAAGUCGGAUAUUGCCGAGCACGCCAUCGAGACUCUCUCCAAAAGCAAGGUCAAGCGGGUGCACAUCGUCGGCCGCCGCGGCCCCAUGCAGGCAGCCUUCACCAUCAAAGAAAUCCGGGAACUGAUGCGCCUCCCCUCGGUCGCCUUCCACCCCAUCGACACCUCCCUAAUCCCUCCGGACCCAAAAUCACUACCCCGCGCCCCCCGCCGACUCAUGGACAUUCUCCUCAAAGGCUCCCCAACCACACCCUCCUCCGAAGCCGCCCAAAAGUCCUGGUCCCUCGACUUCCUCCUCUCCCCCACCGCCUUCCUCCCCACCACCACCACCCCCACAACGACGCCCCGCCUCGCCUCCACCCAAUUCACCCACACAACCCUCUCCCCCACGCCCUUCGACCCGCAAGCCUACGCCCUCCCAUCCCCCCCCCUCAACCCUCCCCCAACCCGACACACUAACCCUCCCCACCCCGCUCGCCUUCUCGCUCCAUCGGCUAUCGCUCGACGCCCCUCCCCGAGUUCGCUCCGCUCGGCAUGCCCUUCAGGGAGCGGUGGGGGGGGCUCAGCCACGCCGUCCACGGCCUCUCGCGGCAUGAGCGGCACUCGCCCAACGCCGCCAUGGAGCUGGGGGUCUUUCCGCGCCUGUACUGUGCCGGGCGGGUGA